CGUUAAAACUCGAGCAAAACGGCUGCCCAGAUUCCCUAUUCAUCCCGAGUCGGGCGGAGUCCAUGCGGACUGGAUAUAAAGGAUUUUUUUUUGUAAAAGACGUUUUUAGUGGAUAGAUUUAGCUUUUAAACGCUUUUUAAGAACAGGUUUGUUCCCUAAAUUUAAUCCUGUCCGAGAUGACAACGACGACCACUUUUCAAGGGAUGGACCCUAGCGCAAAAAAUAGCUCCAGGGUUCUGAGGCCUCCGGGUGGAAACUCCAAUAUUUGCUUCGGCACAGAUGAGGAAAGGCCGGUGCGCAAGAACAGAAUGGCCUCCAACAUCUUCGCCGAGCCCGAGGACCCCCACGCCCAUCGGAGGAACAACCCACCCGGUGGAGAAGCGAGCGGAGUGCUGUGUGGUGAACACUCCGCCCCACUGAGGAGGUGCCACCAGCCGCCAAUCUACCUAAACCUUAACUCUGAACACGAGGCCAAACCAACGGAGGAAAACUACGAGCAAGUAAACCAUGAUCAGUCAGAGGAAUUCGAAGCCCCUGAAGAAGAGCCCCAGCAGCAACAGCAGAAGGAGGAACAGGCCUCUGGUGCCUCCUCUGGCCGAAGAAACCCUCCUGGUGGAAAAUCCAGCCUCAUUCUGGGCUGAGCGCGCUCACUGAACUCUCUCGCUCUCUCUCUUUCUCUCUCUCUCUUUCUCUCUCUUUUUUUUAAAGAUUCACUCUCUCUUCACUCUCUCACUCUCAUCAUGUGAGCCAUGGGAUGAUUUUUUUUUCUUUUUGUCCACUACCACAUGUCUGUAUUAUUGUUUUUCUAUCGCAAAAAAAAGAAAAGAAAAUGAAAGAAAGCUGGUUGGCAGAAGCACUUUAUGUAAAAGCUCCAUUUCAGCCCAUCGUGAAGAGCGCAGGCCGUGCGGGGGGGAAAGCAUGGAAGGCAAAGCAAGGACAAGAUUCGUCACGCUAAAUUUCUAAAUACAAAUAAAGAUUGAUAUGAAUUUCA